AUAUCAAAUUUAAACUUAUCCACACAAAACGCACAUAUGACAUAACGUUAUACUCAUUUGUAUUUCUUUCCCGCUUCAUCCUCUCUUCAAACCCUAAUUUCAAUCGAAGAUGAAGCCAAUUCGCAAGCUCAAGAAGCCACAAUCUUCUUGUUCGAAGUUUGAGUUGGAAGAGAUCAUUGGAUUGACGGUGAGGAAUGCGAACGGUUUCGCUUCUAGUGGUUUCGAUUCGAAGUUUGCUUAUACGGCAGGGUGUGUUGCGGUGCUGUAUGACGUUGAUUUAGGGACUCAAUCGCACUUUGUGGUUUCGAAUCGGUUGCCGAAGCCUUUGGCCUGUGUUGCUGUGUCUCAUGAUGGAAGCUACAUUGCAGCUGGAGAGUCAGGGAAGCAAUCUGCUGUCAUAGUAUGGAGCUCUGCAUCUUUGGCUUCCAUUUCAGAACUAAAUGGCCAUCGAUAUGGUGUAGCUUGCACUGCUUUCUCACCUGAUGGUAAACAUCUGGUGUCAGUAGGAACCCCUCAAGAUGGAUACCUUUGUCUUUGGGAUUGGCGCAGCGGGACACUAAUUAAAAAGCUGAAAACAUGUUCACCCUUUUCUGAUGUCGCCUCGGUUAGCUUCUCAGCAGAUGGAAAGUGCAUCUUAACUGCUGGAAAAAAACACAUAAAGAUAUGGACCGUUGGAUUGCCUGUAAAAUCUCGAGCUAAAACUGAGGCAGUAUCACUAACAAUGCAUGGAAAACAUGUUAAUCUUGGUCAUCACAAAGGCUGCACAUUUACAGAUAUUGCAUCUCCGGUUAAGAUUAAUGGGAAUGUAGCUGACGUAAAUGGUGGUGAUUUCGUACUUGUAUAUGCGCUAACAAGUUCAGGUGUUCUAUGUGUUCUACAUGGUGGGUUGACAAUUACACAAUCAGUGAAUCUAAUGGUUGAGAAAGGCUAUGCGUUAUCCACAUCACAGGAGUUCAUUGCAUGUGCAUGCAACAAUGGGAUUGUGAAAUUGUACACUGUCGGUUCUCUUGAAUAUGCUGGAGACUUGCAUUAUAGUGAUGACAAAGAAAACAAGGCUACCUUUCCAGAUGCAAUAGCUUGUCACUUUUCUACCUCAGAAAAGCUCGUGGUGGUUUACAGAAACCAGAGUCUCUACGUUUGGAACAUUCAUGGAAAAUUCCAGGCUACCAAGUGUUGUGUGCUAGUUUCACAUAGUGGGUGCAUAUGGGAUAUCAAGAAUCUUUCAUGUGAAAACAUGCAUGAUCCAUCUCUUGCAUGUGUUGCUAGAGGCUGUACUGGCGGAGUUUCCUUUGCGACAUGUUCAGCAGAUGGUACUAUUAGGUUAUGGGAUCUUGCCUUGCAAUCUGCAUCAACAGAAAGGAAGUCAACGUUUGCCAUAGGUCAACAUCAUGUCACUACUGAACCACUUGACACUUUGUGGUUAGUAGGUGCUGGAACUUUUGAACGUGAGUCGGUGGUAUCAGGUGUUAUCACUAAAGGGUAUCGAUCUAUGGCAGUUAGCUCAGAUGGAAAGCACCUUGCUGCUGGUGAUUCUGAUGGAAACCUGCAUAUUUUCAACUUAUACACAUCUGAUUAUACAUGCAUACAGGAUGUUCAUGUAGGAGAAGUUCUUUCCUUGAAUUUCAGCGUGCCAGUCAAAAAAAGUAUCAAUUCUGUUGAGGAUUCAGAAAGCUACUACUUUCUAGCAUCAAGUGGACGCGAUAAAACGAUACAUCUUUUUGAUGUAAACAGGAACUUUCAUCCGAUUGCCCGUAUUGAUGAUCAUUCAGCUGCCGUGUCUUCGGUAAAACUCACUGGAAAUGGGCACAAAAUCAUCAGUUGUGGUUCUGAUAGGUCCCUAAUCUUUCAUGAAGUUGCUGGAAGCGAUAAAGACUAUAAUAUUUCUGAUCCACAUCAGCAAAAAGCAUCUCAUGGAACUAUAUAUGAUAUCGCCAUCGAUCCAACGACAGAGACAGCUGUUACAGUGGGACAGGAUAAGAAGAUAAACAUUUUGGACAUUGCUGCUGGGCAAGUAAUUAGAUCAUUUAAACAGGGUGGAGAUUUCGGAGACCCAAACAAAGUUUGUGUGGACCCCAGUUGUAGCUAUGUGGUGUGCUCAUACUCCGAUAAGUCCAUCUGCAUGUACGAUAUUACAAAUGGCGAGAUGGUUGCACGCGCAACAGGGCACGGUGAAGCAGUUAACGGAAUCAUCUUUUUACCUGACUGCAAACAUCUGGUUUCUGUAGGAAGUGAUGGCUGUAUAUUUGUUUGGAAAGUGCCUGUACUCUUGACAUCGAGGAUGUUGUUGAGGAUCAAGGAAAGCUCUCAUCCGUUGUCCCCAAACAUCAAUUCUCAGCGAACAGCUGCGGGUCAAAUUAAAUAUUAUGAAGAAAAUUAUCUCAGAUCGCGAUCCGCUGCUACAACUAUGCUUCGUGAAGGAAAGUGUCCUCAAGAGACACCAACGUUUAGAUUUAGUAUAUCCAGACUUCCACAGUGGGCUAAAUCUAAAGUCACAAGUCCUUUUGUCAUGCCCAUGGACCCUAUACCAUCUGAGGAAAUUAGACUAGAAGAUCAUUCUCCCUCCAAAUCAACAAGUGCGGGAAAUGCUCCUAUGAAUCUUUCUUUACAUACACCGUCCAAUCAUAAUCAAAGAUCAUCCAGAAAUUUAUCUGAUCCUAGUUACAGCAAAGAUUCAACCACCCAAGCAACUUGCAGGAGCUUUGCUUUGGACAGGCGCUGGUUCACCAUUCACACUGUAUGUUUAGAUCUUCUAAAUUCUCCCGAGGCAUACAAUGUGAAGGAACGAAUGGUGCCCUUAUCUUCAGACUUAUCACAAAGCCCUGCUUUAGAGGAAACCGAAAUCGAGCUCAUGGAACACUCGUCCAUGAAACCUAGUGUGACCAAAUUGAACCCUACAUCUGACAACUACAACAGUAACUGUGAUGUUGAGCAGGCUGCAUGCGUAAACAUUGACAUUAAAGUGAAUGGAUCUGGUUGUUUAAGCCAUCAUGCUUUAGGGGAAGAACUUUCCGUCGAAAAUUCAAAGCAGCUGCGGCUUUCUACAUCUGUGAACGAAGUUGCUGCUGAUAACUGCUUCCUGAAUUCUGGCAAUAAUUCAGCAAUCUCCAAGUCCAAGUUAGAAUCACCUAAAUCAUCUGCAAGGAAAAGCUAUUCUGCACGGUUUACUGUGUGGCGGGAUCUUGUUCGUGGUCAAACCUUGGUAGUUGACUCGCCUAUCAUGGACCUUUGUCAAACUACAAACACGGCAAAAGAAAUCAGUCUCACCAAACAGGAGGAUUCAGAAAGAGGAAGUAGUAACCAAGAGGGCACAGCAAGCUCAAACACACUACCACCAAACUCGCUAAGCCCAAACCGCAUUGCCUCCCAAAGUAAUUCAAGUUCUUCCUCAUCAAAGUCAACAGAAGUCAAAACAACAGAGAUCAAGGACCAACAAGUCUGUGACAUGAUCAGAAACGAAAAACACAACAUAUUCGAUGCUUGUGUAGAAGCGUUAAGAAGUUUGGACGCCUCAAGCAAGACUGCCCUUGAGGUAUGCUCUAGACUAAGAGACGUGACAUCGACGCACGAGAACAGUGCAGAAGCAUCUGAAGCCCAGUUUUGUGCAGAGGCAGCAGUAAUGCUUCCAUCAAUAGCCAGAAAUGUACAGGAAAUUGUCAAGUUUGCAAGUUCGUGUGGUGUAGGCAAAGUGGAUAUCCCCGGUUUUGAACCGUUGUUAGGAAAGUUUGCUGAGAGUUUAUCUCAAAGGGUUAUUGAAUUACUUAAGGAGAGCUGCACAAGUUCAUGAUAAACGGUGUAUAUAUAAGGUGGUUUCAUAUUUUCAAUAUCAAUAUCACAAUAUCCUCUUAAUCGGAAAUAACAUUUUCUUUA